AUGCUCUGGCAGAAAGUUUUCGUUCUUUCAGCGUUGGCCAUUGCCGACGCUCACCCCGGCACCCACGGCAUCCGGCUUAACAAACGCGACUCCGGGCUAGAGGUGACCUUGGCACCAUCUGCGUCUGGCACUCCCACCGAAGUCAUCGCAACAAUCAAAAAUAACGGUGCUGAUGAUCUCAACUUGCUCAAAUUUCUCUCAGCUGGAGAGUCUAUCGCCGUUGCCAUCGACGUCGCCAAGGUGCACUAUUUUGAGAAGUCCGGGCGCUUUUCUGUCAUCGCAGAUGGCUUGAUACCGGUUGGACUGGCUUCGUCAACAUCCUUUGAUCAGCCAGCAAUCGCUUUUAAAUCCAACGCCAUCGAUAUCGACGUUGAUGCAGUGGCCGCCAGUGGGCUUAUGGUUGCCCCGGCCCUUGCAGAGCGUACAAACGUACAGGCGGGAUGCAAUGAAACAACUUCUGAUGCCAGCCUCAAGGCCCUGGCGAACUGCCAGGUUCUAGCCCUGGCGGCCGCUGCCGAUGCCGCGGAUCCCUCAUCAAAGAGGUUCGUAGAAUACUUCGGGACCAACUCUUCUGAAACUCGCAACAUCGUCGUCACCAGACUCAGAAAUGUCGCGCAAGAAUGUUCUACCACGAACUCCGGGGGCUCUCGCUAUUUCUGCUACGACUACUACGGCGUCUGCGAAAUAGACGGCCCACUCAACGCGUACACCGCUUGGGACGUCAAUACCAUGGUCAUGUGCCCUCUCUUUUACGGCUUGCCUCCGCUGCCUCAGGGUUGCCAUCGCCAGUGCCAGGCCACGACUACCAUACACGAGACGACUCAUUGCGAAGCUGUAUAUGAGCCUCACACCAAUGAUUACGCAUACGCAUACAACGCAAGUGUUGCACUGCCCCCCGAGCGUGCGCUACAAAACGCUGACAACUACUCCCUCUAUGCCAAUGCUGUCUACAUGAACUGUUAA